GUCUUCCCUCCCGCCAUGGCCAGCACUGCCGCUGAGAUCAUCGCUUUCCUGCUGGUCAUCUCGGGCUGGGUGCUGGUGUCCUCCACCCUGCCCACUGACUACUGGAAGGUGUCCUCCAUCGACGGCACGGUCAUCACCACGGCGACCUUCUGGGCCAACCUCUGGAAGACGUGCGUGACCGACUCCACCGGCGUCUCCAACUGCAAGGACUUCCCUUCGAUGCUGGCGCUGGACGGUUACAUCCAAGCCUGCAGAGGACUGAUGAUUGCUGCUGUCUGUCUGGGAUUUUUUGGCUCCAUAUUUGCGCUGGUUGGGAUGAAGUGUACAAAAGUUGGAGGAUCAGACCAGACUAAAGCUAAAGUUGCUUGUUUAGCUGGGAUUAUUUUCAUACUUUCUGGACUGUGCGCUUUGACUGGGUGUUCCUUGUAUGCAAACCGAAUCACAUCCGAAUUCUUUGACCCUACAUUUAUUGCACAAAAGUAUGAAUUAGGAGCGGCUUUGUUCAUUGGAUGGGCUGGAGCAUCACUUUGCAUAAUUGGCGGCAGUAUAUUCUGCUUCUCAAUUGCUGAAAACAAUAAAACUCCAAGGAUGGGAUAUGUGUAUAACAAAGCAGCUUCCGUGAUGUCUACUCGAACAAAGGCCUACAACAGCUCAGCAGAAUUUAAAACAUCCAAAGCUCCUCCAAAACACUUUGACAAGAAUGCAUAUGUCUAGUCCAAAUGGCUCCAAGAGUCAAUGCAUUUUUAAAAAUCACAUUUGUGCUGUUCGUUCACAGAAUGAUUUUUAGAAAGGUACUGGUGUCAUUAACACCAGGAGUAAGAAUAUUUUAUAAAUGAAUUUUUUCCUACUUGAUGUAAAUUUUUCCUCAUGUAUUGUUUUAAGAUUUAUACUGAUGUUAUGCAUAAAUUAUAUCUGUAAAUCAUUUGCUAUUUUUGCUUUCAGUAAAAAAACAAAAAAACAUUUUCAAAUAAAGUUAGGUCAUAUUGGUUAUGA